CUCGUGCAACUCGGCCCAAUCGGCGAUGGCAGCGACGUCUGAUGAUCCUCGUGCGUUUAUCACCGACGAGGUGAAAGAGUCCCUAACGACACCGGACUUUGACAUGUGGCACUACUCUCGUGAGCAGUGUGUCUACCUCAUCGAGUACAUGUUCCGUGAGCAGGGCUUUGUGGAGGCCUUCCAGAUCGAGGAGGAGAUCCUGGAGACCUUCCUCCACACCGUCCGCCAUAACUACCACGAGACGCCGUUCCACAACUUCCACCACUGCUUCUGUGUCACACAGAUGCUCUAUUGCAUCAUCCAUGCCUGUGAUGAGGUUGAGUUUUUCCUUACGCCGUUGGAGCGGCUGUCUGUGAUGGUGGCUACCAUCAUCCACGAUUUGGACCAUCGUGGGCUCAACAACAACUACCACAUCAACUCGCGAUCGGACCUUGCUAUCAACUACAACGACCAGUCUGUGCUGGAGAACCAUCACUGCGCUACGGGCUUUCGAAUCUUGCAGCGGCCGCGGUGCAACAUCCUACAGCACCUGUCGCUGGAAGACUACAAGUUUGUGCGCAAGACGGUGAUCGCAUGCGUGCUCUCGACCGACAUGGGCAAGCACUUCUCGCAGCGGUCGCAGUGGCGGGCGGUGGUGGCCGAGUUCAACCCGGAGGACGCGACCCACCGCGAGUGGCUCUGUCGGAUGAUGGUGUGCUGCUCGGACAUUUCGAACGAGGUGCGGCCGUGGUGGGUGUCGCGGCCGUGGGCGACGAACUUGAUGGAGGAGUUCUUUGCGCAGUCUGACCGCGAGAAGAUUGAGGGUCUUCCGGUCAUGUCGUUCAUGGACCGCGACCAGGCGCAGCUUGAGGCCGGACAAGUUGGGUUCAUCGAGAACAUCCUGCGGCCGCUGUGGCAGGAGGCGGCGGAGCUUCUGCCGGAGCUGCAGCCAUUCAUCGAGCGGAUCAAUGAGAACUUGGCGCAUUGGGUCAUGUUCAUGCAGCACAAGCGGUCGCAGAUCUUGCUCCACGUGGUGGAGGAGUCGCACAAGCCGGGCAUUUCGUUUAACGCCGGCGACGUCAUUGUGCGGAUGGGCGAGAUCUCGUCCAAGAUGUACUUUUUGCGGGCGGGAACGGUCGAGGUCCGGGCCGAGGACAUGACCACGGUGUGGGAUACGAUGGGCCAGGGCGCGUUCUUUGGUGAGGUCGGCGCGUUCAAGGGCAUUCCGCGGACAGCCAACAUUGUGGCCAAGACGCAGUGCGAGAUCCUGGUGGUCGGGCGCGACGACGUGCUCGAGCUCCUCGAUGGCUACCCAAACCAUGUGCGGUUCAUCGAGGACAUUUGUACGGAGCGGCUGGAGAAGCACGCAAAGCGGCAGGAGGCGGCCGAGCUGGCAGAGCACGACCUGAUCGAGUUUGCAGGAUAACAAUUGAAGAAGAGAAGAGAUUGGACA